CGCGCCGGGCGGACUGCGCCUGGAGGGCGAGAUCGCGGCGGCGCUGCUGGUCGGAGAUGGCCGGGCGCUUGUACGGGCGCCGGGGUUCCGGCGGCGGCGCCAUGUUCCUUGGCGUAGUGUACUAGAGUUCCGCAGCAGCCGAAGGGUCGGAGAAUUCCCGUGGAAUAGUUUUGUUAUUGGGCCUUUUCGGCCAGUUGGGCUGGGCUGUCUUGGCCCAGAUUCCGGCCGGAGAAUCCCUCCCGGCUGCUGCCUUUCCUUUGUUGCCUUGGUUGGUUGCCUCAUCCGACUCCGCCUCUUCCUCGGCCUCCCUCGAUCUGCCUGCAUCUGCUUCCCCUCCUCCACCAAACCCUAGCCGACGCGCAGAGCUCAGGGGGAGCAUCUAGGCGGACUAGGUCAGAGGAUCGGCAGCCGCGCUCCCAUGGCGGCGCCCAAGCCCAUCUGGGUGCGCCAGGCCGAGGAGGCCAAGCUCAAGUCCGAGGCCGAGACCGCCGCCGCCGCCAAGGCCGCCUUCGACGCGACCUUCAAGGCGCUCGCUGCGUCCUCCGCCGCCGGGUCCGGCGACGACGAACAGGACCCCGACCCCGCCCCGCCUUCCCCGGACGAGCCAGCCUCCCCCGGCUCCGACGACGACGCCCCGGCCCCGCCCGGCCCGGUCGACCCGUCCAAGUGCUCCGCCGCGGGGCCCGGCAUCGCCGGCGGGAACGCCGGCACGCCCGCCACCUUCACCGUCAUCGCCAAGGACCGCCACAGCCGGAGGCUCACCGCCGGCGGCGCGUGCGUGCGUGCGCGCGUCUCCCCUGCCGCGGGGGUCGGCGGGGACGACCUCGACGGCGCCGUCAAGGACAACGGGGACGGAUCCUACACGGUGACCUACGCCGUCCCCAAGCGCGGCAACUAUAUGGUCCACGUCGAGCUUGACGGCUCGCCCGUCAUGGGGAGCCCCUUCCCCGUCUUCUUCAGCGGCUCCACUGCCACACCGACGGCUGCUUUCCCCUCCGCACUACCGUCCGUCAGCUCAGCCUACCCAAACAUGGUCAAUCAGACCAUGCCCAAUAUGCCCAACUACACAGGCGCGCCCUCCAGUGCCUUCCCCAGCCUCCUCGGGGCCAUGCCUAGUUCAUCCACUGGUUCCUCUGGUGGAGUUGUCCUGCCGGGGGUUGGUGCCUCGCUGGGGGAGAUAUGCCGGGACUACAUCAACGGGAGGUGCACAAAGUCUGACACUGACUGUAAGUUCACCCACCCGCCACAGCAGCUGCUGAUGACGUUGCUUGCUGCUACGUCGUCUGUCAGUGCACUUGGCAGUACACCCAUGGCACCAUCUGCAGCUGCCAUGGCAGCUGCUCAGGCCAUCAUGGCUGCCCAGGCACUGCAGGCACAUGCUGCACAGGCUAAAGCUGCAGGAGAGGCUUCAGGUUCAAAGGAUAAAGCUGUUGAAGCUGAUACCCUGAAGAAAACUGUUCAAAUUAGCAACUUGAGUCCAAUUCUUAGUGUGGAUUAUAUUAAGCAGCUAUUUGGGAUAUGUGGUAAAGUUGUCGAUUGUACCAUCACGGAUACGAAACAUUUUGCUUAUGUUGAGUACUCCAAACCUGAAGAAGCAACUACAGCGUUGCAACUCAAUAACAGGAAUGUUGGUGGUCGUCCGUUGAAUGUGGAGAUGGCAAAAUCUCUUCCUCCUAAAGCUAAUAAUAACUUGCCUAUGAUGAUGCAACAAGCUGUUCAGCUGCAGCAGAUGCAAUUCCAGCAGGCUCUAUUAAUGCAACAGACAAUAGCAACCCAACAGGCUGCUGCACGUGCGGCCACUAUGAAAUCUGCCACUGAAGCUGCUGCAGCAAGGGCUGCUGAGAUAAGCAGGAAGUUAAAGGCAGAGGGAUUUGGUGGGGACAGCGUGGAAGAAAAGAAUGCUAAAGGGAAGUCAAGAUCACCGUCACCCCCUACUCGUAGAUCAAAAUCUCGGUCAAGAUCACCUAUCAAGUAUCGUAGGAGCCGGCGAUCCCGCUCCUACUCUCCCCCAGUUAGACGCUCACGGGAGCACCGAUCACGAUCACCAUCAAGAUCUCGCCACUCAAAGUAUGGCAGUGAUCGAUCACAUAGGGAUGAUAGGGACAGGUAUAGCAGGUCUGGAAGAAGAGAGAGUGACCGAUCCCGUGAUCAUCAUUCGUCUAGUUCAAGGAGAAACAGGAGCAGAAGUAAAAGUCCAAGGCAUAAGAAACCCUCCAGAGAUGAUUCUCGGUCACCCAAGCAGCAAAGAGAAGAAAGUAUAAGUCCAUCAAAAUCAAGGUCAGCUCGGGCUGGUUCAAGGUCACCACGACCCCAUAAAGGAAGCAAAUCAUCGCCAACUCGUGAACGCCAUUCUCGCCGCACUAGGCAUUCAAGAUCCAGAUCUCCUGAGAGAAAGCAUCGUCACAGUGAUAAAAAGGACAGCAGAAGGUCCGAGGUUCAGGAUGACAAAAGAAGGUCUCAUAGAGAUAGAGGUAACAGAGGUGACAAAGAUGAAAAGUCUGUAAAGGAUGAAGUGGAAAGAUCCCAUAGAGGUAACAGAGGUGACAAAGAUGAUAGAUCUGUGAAGGAUGAAGUGGAAAGAUCCCAUAGAGGUAACAGAGGUGACAAAGAUGAAAGGUCUGUAAAGGAUGAAGCGGAGAGAUCCCAAAGAGGUAACAGAGGUGACAAAGAUGAAAGGUCUGUAAAGGAUGAAGCGGAAAGAUCCCGUAGAGGUGACAAAGAUGAACAUCCUGUACAGGAUCCAGUGGAAGAUAGAAGGGUGGAUACUUCUGCUGCUGCACAUAAGAGGAGCUCAACAGUAUCUGAAGAUGAAAUUCUGAACAACAAUAGUAGCAACCAUAAGAAAUCUAGACGUGAUGAUGGUUUGGAAGAUGAUGAAAGGAAUGAUGUGUGCGCUGCUGUUGCUGACAUAAAUGGGAAACAUGGACCUGAAGUAGAUGGCUCUUUAGGGGGCACUGGAGAAUCUGCUAUAUGAUAGCAACCACAGUGUUUACUUGGUGGCUGUUGUUUCAUCCAGUUGGCUGAUCACAGUAUCACUUGAUUGAUGAUGAUGCAGAACGCUGAACUGGUGUUUAUUAUCAUCCUUUCUGAUUUAGGAGUUUUAUUUGCAGGGUAUGAAGAUCUUCGGAGAACUUUCGGAGUGUUCAUCUGAUGUAUUAAAAUGUAUUCUUCAUUAACUUGAGAUUUGUUCCUUGGAGCGAACUUCUAAAUGUAAAACUGGAGCUUGUAAGGUGAUUUCAUGCAGUGAGGUCGAAACCAACCAUAUAUUUGUCAUUUCAGGCUCAUGAUUCCAUGAAGAGUUGUUGGAGCUCAUUUCUGGGAUGUCGAUUGAAGAUACAAGGGAGUAUACACUUACUCAAGUACAGUCCAUAUACAAGACUACAAACAACUACCUUCUAGGCUAUGUUACUUUUGAAUUGGAAUGCUUUGGCUAGUGAAAUGGUCCAAAUAUGCUUGUCCGUAUACUGUAACACCUUCUGAUACACUUAGUUUGCUCAAAGUACUGCCUUAUAUUUUCAUCUGGUUAUUACCAUGUGUAUCUUGUAUCAGUAAUGGUUUGAAAAGUUGGUUAAGCUUAACCAAUAUUUGAAAAACACAGGGAAUUGUGAUGUAGGUUUUAUCUAUCAUCUUGUCUGCUGCAUAAGUUUUCCUGUCUGCCUAGAAUUGCUAUGUCUAUAUGCCUUGGCAUUCAUUGCUUUUUGUUUGUUUGUUUCUUUUCCUCUUUUUUUCCUUUUGAGUGACAGGGUUCUGUCUCAGAAGCCAGUGUAAGUGACUGAUGUGAGGCAAUCGACCCUAUUCGAGUUGUGCCUUGAUAGCUCCAGAGAUAAGCAGCAUACCUUUGAACAAUUGUGUUGCAUUCCUUACGUCUUUCUAUUAUUCUUCACUUUAUUUCUGCUGCUUCAGUCAGUGUGCGAGUUUGCACCUUGCCCUUCUGUAACUGGUGCUGUCAUACUGGAAAACCUGUGCAGGUUUUUCGAAGGGGUUGGCAUUGGCGUCUGUAUUGAGGGGAGUCAGUUCACUUUGAGAAGGUAUGGGUUUGUGCUAUGGAUGUAGUAAUAAAUAAUGCUAUUCGCUUGGUUAUAGACAGAGUAGCACUCUGAGCCCUCAAAUGCCUACCUCUUGGUAGGUGCUUUGUGUUCAACCCUGAAUCCUCAAACUUGCCUGUGAUUCUGCACCUACCCUACGUUGUGCAUUCAGUUUUUUUCCCCAUCCAUUUAUGGGGCCUUGGAAUCCUGACAGCGCAUCGUCAGUUUGAUGGCAUUUUAGUUCUUUUGAUUUGAAGCCUGAACAGUUUGGUGCUGUUUCCUUUUCGUUCUGCUCUGUUUGUUUCUGGCUUUGUGCUCUCAGGGAUAAAGAUUGUUUUGGGGGUGAUCGGAGGAGGUGUCAUGUUCUCUCAGGAAUAAAGAUCGCGUUCUGCAUCCUAGCUGCACGUGAGCCGGAAUGUGCUUGCUGCGUCUUGGGAUAUAGAACCAAACUAAGCUGUCUGCCUUUAGAACCAAUUUUGUUUUGUUCAUAGCAAAGCAAGCUUCUAUCCUGUGCCAGAAAUAAAAAAUCCGUCUGCAUGACAUCAUCUACGGAUGGAGAGGUACCUUUGCUCCUUCAGGUCAAGGAUGUUAAAUGAUUACACUGCCACUACAAUUUGUGUCCUAAUGGAGCAUGUCAUUACCAUAAUGACGUGCUACUGUAUGUAACAACGUAGACGGCAAUGACAACGACCUCCGGAUUCGUUGCCUUUUUUAACUUUGAAAGCUGUAAUGUGCAGUGGAGCACUAGUGCUCCGUGCAUGUUAAAGUUGGAUGGAAGCCGUCUCUUCA